UGCAGUGGUGGAAAAAGGGAGAAUCUGCCUCCGUUGUCCGUGAGAUUUUUCUCUGUGCGGGUAGUUUUUCACAUACAGCUUCCUCUAAGCCCGGCACUGAUGACAAGAGGCAGUUUGCACACGUAAAUCGUUCGGACUAAUCUCCUAACAGCGUAUUAACUCAUCCUGGACAGUUGUCCCUGAUUUUACACAUCAUGCCCACUCUGCCUCAUUGUCAGCGGUAGCAGUGAACAACAGAUAUGUGGUCACUGGGAGCAGGGAUGAGACGAUCCAAAUCUAUGACAUGAAAAAGAAGGUGGAACAUGGGGCACUGCUGCAGCACAACGGCACAAUAACUUGUUUAGAGUUCUAUGGUACUGCACAUCUACUGAGUGGGGCUGAAGAUGGACUAAUUUGUAUCUGGAACACAAAGAGAUGGGAAUGCCUGAAAUCCAUUAAGGCACAUAAGGGGCACGUGACAUCUCUUUCUAUUCAUCCUUCUGGGAAAUUAGCUUUGUCAGUAGGAACAGAUAAAACAUUAAGAACUUGGAAUCUUGUAGAAGGACGAUCAGCCUUUAUCAAAAACCUGAAGCAAAAUGCCCACAUAAUUAAAUGGUCCCCUGAUGGAGAGAGGUAUGUGACCGUGAUAACAAAUAAAGUGGAUAUCUACAAACUGGACACAGCUUCAGUCACUGGCACUAUCACAACAGAGAAGAGAAUUUCUUCACUUAGAUUUAUUACAGAUUCUAUCCUUGCCAUAACUGGAGAUGAUGAAAUUAUAAGGUUCUACAGCUGUGACUCUCAAAAAUGCCUGUGUGAAUUUAAAGCUCAUGACAACAGAAUAAAAGAUAUCUAUAGUUUUGAAAGAGAAGGACAACAUGUUAUUGUUACUGCAUCCAGUGAUGGUUACAUUAAAGUGUGGAAUCUGGAUCUUAAUAAGAUUAAGGAUGAGCUGUCUUUACUAUGUGAAGUCAAUACCAAAGCUAGGCUGACAUGUCUCGCAGUAUGGCUUGACGAAGCUUCAGAAACAAAAGAAAAUUCUAGUAAAGCUGCAACAUCAUCGCAAGCAAAUGAAGAUGAAAAAUCAUCAAUAGUCAAGAAAAAUAAAGUUUGUUGGACUGAUAAAAGUGAGAAAACAGCAAAAAGGAAGAGAAAAAUUACUCCAGAGAGGCAAAAAUUGGAAGUUCAACUGCAAAAGAAGAAAAAGAAACGGAAUAGCUCAGCAUGAAGGCAGCUACUUUCUCUCCUGAAUUAAACAUAAAUACCAGUGUUGCUGUAGUUUUCAUAAGGAUGUAAACCUCUAACAGGACAUAUACCUCUGAACUGAACUGUUGUUUAAAAGUAAUGAACAUUUUUACCCUAAUAAAUUGGCUGAUGCUUCUGGGAAAUAGCAAAAGAGAUGGCAACUUUUCCUAAGUGACUGAGGCAAAAAUAAAUUCAUAAUAUGUAAUGUUUAUAUUUUUCUAUUAGCAAUAGCAUACACUUUUUAAUUGGCUCUGAAAAAGCCAGCUAAAAUAAUAAAAAUAGCUGCAUCUGUCUCAGUUACUUUUUUGUCUCACUUAAAUGCAUAUUAAAAAUACAUUUUUUCA